AUGGCAGAUGAAGAAACAAAACCGCGUGUGUUGAUCCUCGUGCUUUUCGUCACUUGCGGAGGGCCAACAUGUGGCGGUGCAGGGUCCGUGGCGCUGUGGCUGUUGCUCCUCCAACCUAAACGUCAACAAAAUAACAAACCAUCGCCGACCACCAUCAACGCAGACCAUUUGUUACUGAACGAAUCGACUAGGGCCAAAAUGCUUCUCGAUGAGGACCCCUCUACUCUCAUCCACCACACAAUCGGCAACUUCAACAUCCACCCCGACAAACAAGCCGUAACGCGCAUCAACGAUUCCCUCUCUACCCUCCAACAAUCCCGCGAACUGCGCUCCCGUGAAGCCGAAUCCGUCCUCCGCAAGCUCUCCCGCAACCUCAACUCCCUAAACGCGCAACAUGAAGAAGCCGUAAGCGCGCACGACUCGGGGAGGCAUGCGCAGGACAUUGUCGAGCUAGACACGAAGAAAUUCCGAAUUGCAAAGGCGGCGUCAGAACUAGAGAUUGAAAGCGAGAGACUGGAGAGUGAGUUGGAGAUUUUGAAGGAAAGGUUGGCAGAUUUGGAGGCGCAGGGACUAGAGGGGGAUGAGGGUACGAGGAGAGAGCGGGAAGCCGAUGAUGCUACGAUUCUUCGUCUCAAGAUCUACCGUUCUCUGGGCAUCGACAUUGAACCGGACGAGGCCGGAAACUUCACCAAGGCCGUUAUUCGCAACAGUCGGAAGGGUGAUGUGCACGUGGUUAAUGUCGACUCGAAGUUCUCACGAUUUUUCUACUCCAACUACUUCUGGGGGACUAUGCAGGGAUAA